AAAUAAGUAAUUAAUCCUCAUUUCCUUUCCCACACUCUUAACUCACUCGCUCCACCAAUGGAUCAUCUCGCUCUCCUCUCUCUUUUUCUCUUCCUAUCCUCCGCUGCCGCGUCCGCCGUAAGCGACGGUGGCGAUCCUUUCAUCCGACAAGUCGUGCCGGAGGCGGAGGAGGAUCCACUAGUCCUCCACGCGGAGCAUCACUUCUCAAACUUCAAAGCCACCUUCGGAAAGACCUACGCGAGCCAGGAGGAGCACGACUACAGGUUCGGCGUCUUCAAGGCCAACCUCCGCCGAGCCAAAAUACACCAGGGGCUGGACCCCACCGCCGUCCACGGUGUCACCAAGUUCUCCGAUCUCACUCCCAAGGAGUUUCGCCGGAAUUUUCUUGGGCUCAAGAAGGGUCUCCGGCUACCGGAGGACGCCCACACGGCUCCGAUCCUUCCGACCAAAGAUCUUCCCACCGACUUCGACUGGCGCGAGAAAGGUGCCGUCACACCGGUCAAGGACCAGGGUUCGUGUGGAUCAUGCUGGUCGUUUAGUGCGGCCGGAGCACUGGAAGGAGCUCAUUAUUUGGCAACAGGGGAGCUCGUGAGUCUCAGCAGUCAGCAGCUUGUGGACUGUGAUCAUGAGUGUGAUCCAGAAGAAUAUGGUUCAUGUGACUCAGGCUGUAGUGGUGGACUGAUGACCAAUGCCUUUGAGUACGCACUCAAGGCUGGGGGUUUGGAGCAAGAGAAGGACUACCCUUACACUGGGACUGAUCGCGGCACCUGCAAAUUUGACAAGAGCAAAGUUGUUGCUACUGUCUCCAACUUCAGUGUUGUUUCCCUUGACGAAGAUCAAAUUGCUGCAAAUUUGGUCCACAAUGGCCCUCUUGCAAUUGGCAUCAAUGCGGUGUUCAUGCAAACAUACGUGGGGGGAGUCUCAUGCCCUUACAUCUGCGCAAAACAUCGUCUGGAUCACGGGGUGCUUCUUGUGGGUUACGGCUCCUCUGGGUUUGCUCCGAUACGCUUCAAGGAGAAGCCUUACUGGAUCAUAAAGAAUUCAUGGGGACAGAGUUGGGGAGAGGAAGGGUAUUACAAGAUCUGCAGGGGUCAUAAUGUUUGUGGGGUGGAUAGCAUGGUCUCUACCGUUGCUGCUAUGCACACAUGAAACCAGAACCAUUAGGAAAUCAAGGAGUUUAUCAUAUUAUUUACUGUUUUAGACUUGUGGGGCUUUUGUACAUAUAUCCUAUGAUCUCCUAGAUGAUCAUUUCAGGAGGAUCUGUAAUAAGUCUAGUUGUCUGAUUCUGAACUUGUAUAGUAGAAGACUUAUUGGGAUUAUAAUGUUAUUUGUCUGGUGUUGCAAGCUUAUGUUAUGAAUUUUUAAAAUUUUAGAGUA